CCGCCGGCACCGCCCGCCCCGCAGCCCCGGCCCGGGCAGCGCCGCCGCCCCUCGCUGAGCCCGCCAGAGCCGCUCGCCAGUGGGGCGCCCACGCGGGGCGCGGCGCGGCGCGCCCGGGGUAGGGAGGCGAAGCCCGGCCCCGCAGCCUCGGGUCUUGUGUUGCGGGUUUUGUGUUUUUGUUUUUUUUUUUUUAAUAUAAUUUGUUCCGAAGGAUGGAUACGUUUCUUCUCGCGUGGGGAUUUCUAGGGCUGUGCUUGCCCGCCGCCGGAGGCACGGCAGAGACAGCUCAGCCAUGCGGGGGUCGCCUGAACUCCAAGGAUGCUGGGUACAUCACUUCCCCAGGGUACCCCAAUGACUACCCCUCCCACCAGAACUGUGAGUGGGUCAUCUAUGCUCCUGAAUCCAACCAGAAGAUAAUUCUCAACUUCAACCCUCACUUUGAAAUUGAAAAACAUGACUGCAAGUAUGACUACAUAGAGAUCCGAGAUGGGGACAGUGAAGCAGCAGAACUGCUGGGCAAGCACUGUGGGAACAUAGCACCUCCUACUAUCAUCUCUUCUGGCCCCUCUCUUUAUAUCAAGUUCACCUCAGACUACGCACGGCAAGGUGCCGGCUUCUCUCUGCGCUAUGAGAUCUACAAGACAGGCUCUGAGGACUGCUCCAGAAACUUCACUGCCUCCAACGGCACUAUUGAGUCUCCAGGUUUCCCUGACAAGUAUCCACACAACCUAGACUGUGUCUUCACCAUCAUAGCCAAGCCAAAGACAGAAAUCCUCCUCCACUUCGUGCUUUUUGACCUCGAGCACGACCCACUGCAGGCAGGGGAAGGAGACUGCAAGUACGACUGGCUGGACAUCUGGGAUGGCAUUCCUCAGGUCGGCCCCUUGAUAGGCAGGUAUUGUGGCACUAAGAUGCCAUCGGACAUCCGCUCAACCACCGGCGUCCUCUCUCUCACCUUCCACACGGACCUGGCUGUGGCUAAGGAUGGUUUCUCUGCUCAGUACUACUUGAUACAUCAGGAAGUCCCAGAAAACUUCCAGUGCAAUGUGCCUCUGGGGAUGGAGUCUGGCAGGAUCUCCAACAUGCAGAUCAGUGCCUCCUCCACCUACUCAGAUGGGCGAUGGACCCCUCAGCAGAGCCGCCUCAACAGUGAUGACAAUGGCUGGACCCCCAAUGUCGACAGCAACAAAGAGUAUCUCCAGGUGGACCUCCACUUCCUGACUGUCCUCACAGCCAUUGCCACACAGGGUGCCAUCUCGAGAGAAACCCAGAAGGGCUACUAUGUCCGUACCUACAAGCUGGAGGUCAGCACCAAUGGGGAGGACUGGAUGAUGUACCGACAUGGGAAAAACCACAAGACAUUUCAGGCCAACGAGGAUGCCACAGAGGUGGUUCUCAACAAGAUCCACAGCCCGCUGCUCACACGCUUCGUGCGCAUCCGUCCCCAGACCUGGCACAAUGGCAUCGCCCUGAGGCUGGAGCUGUAUGGCUGCCGCAUCACUGAUUCACCCUGCUCCAACUUGCUGGGAAUGCUUUCUGGCCUCAUUCCUGACUCGCAGAUCUCUGCCUCUUCCAUCCGAGGCUACGACUGGUCUCCCAGCAUGGCCCGCCUGGUGAGCAGCCGCUCGGGCUGGUUUCCCCGCAUCCCCCAAGCCCAGCCUGGGGAGGAGUGGCUGCAGGUGGACCUUGGUGUCCCGAAGAAUAUCAAAGGCGUCAUUAUUCAGGGGGCUCGUGGAGGGGACAGUGUGACCACCACUGAGUCCCGAUCCUUUGUGAAGAAGUUUAAGGUGGCCUACAGCAUGAAUGGAAAGGACUGGGACUUCAUCCAGGACCCCAAAACAAUGCAAGCCAAGCUUUUUGAAGGCAACAUCCACUAUGAUAUCCCUGAAGUCCGAAGGUUUGACCCUGUUCCUGCACAGUACAUCCGAGUGCACCCAGAGAGGUGGUCCCCAGCGGGAAUAGGAAUGCGUCUGGAGGUGCUGGGCUGUGACUGGACAGAUGUAAAGCCCACUGCAGAGACACUGGUGCCCACCUUGAAGAGCGAAGAGACCACCACCCCAUACCCAACUGAUGAAGAAGCAACUGAGUGUGGUGAUAGCUGUGGAGACGAGGAGGAUUUCCAGCUCCCUGCGAACUUUAACUGCAAUUUUGAUCUUCCUGAAGACCUCUGUGGUUGGUCACACGACUUGGCAACCGGUUACACGUGGUCUUUUCAGCCUGCAAGCACCUGGAUUGGCAACUCUGAACCAAGCCCUGAGACUGUGCCUGAUGUCAAGAACUACCUGCAGCUGCAAAGCAGCGGAAGACGGGAAGGACAGCGAGCCCGACUCAUCAGUCCCACCAUCUACCUGCCCCAGAGCGCUGUCUGCAUGGUUUUCCAGUACCAGGCAUGGGGCAGCAAUGGGGUGAUGCUACGGGUCUGGAGGGAAGCCAGCCAGGAGCACAAGGCACUGUGGGUCAUCACAGAGGACCAAGGGGAGGAGUGGAGGGAAGGUCGCAUCAUCUUGCCAAGCUACGACAUGGAGUACCGGAUUGUGUUUGAGGGAUUUAUACGCAAUGGCCACUCAGGAGAGCUCGCCCUUGAUGACAUCCGGCUCGGCACUGACAUCCCGCUGGAGAACUGCAUGGAACCCAUCACGGCUUUCCCAGGUGAAAACUCCUACUUUCCAGUGAACUUCCCAAGAACAGAGGAUGACUUUCCGAGCUCCGAGCAAGACUUUGAAGACAAUGAUCCAGGAACCCCGAAGCUGGACAAAGAAAAAAGCUGGCUAUACACCCUGGAUCCCAUCCUGGUGACCAUUAUAGCAAUGAGCUCCCUCGGUGUCCUCCUCGGGGCCAUCUGUGCUGGUCUGCUCCUUUACUGCACGUGCUCGUAUGCCGGGCUGUCCUCACGGAGCUCCACCACGCUGGAGAACUACAACUUCGAACUGUACGACGGCAUCAAGCACAAGGUCAAGAUGAACCAUCAGAAGUGCUGCUCGGAAGCCUGAUGGGUGCCUGGGGAUCACCCUUGGCAUUGUGCCCCAUGAGGUGGGCUGGCAGGGGGUAAUUUUUUUGCUGUUUUCUAUGGGAACUGAAUGCCAUAACAGGGAAUGAGGGGAGCAGGAGGAGUGAGGGGAGUUGUCGCUCCUGCCACCAGGUACUGCUGGCGGGUUGCACUCUCCCAGGACUGAGUGGGUUUUCCUGCAAACCAGGCUGUGCUGGGCAAAGGGGGUAAUGAGCCCCUCAUUUGUUGGUUCAUCUUCAUUUUCUGCUGAUGCGAGUGGCUGGGAUGUGGUGAGGGAGACUGGUUUACCUUUUGGAUGUGAGAAACUAAAUGUUGAUCGUUAUUUCCCACCUCCUUUCUCUGGUGAGUUGCUGAGAAGGCUGAGGGAUUUCUUUAGAAAUAACAUAUACACACACACAUGCAGAGACCUUGUCCAUUUUAGACUCCAUCCAGAUAUUGUUGUAGGGAUUUGUGCACUUCACACUAAGAAUAGGAAGCUGCAGUUUGCAGUCCUGAAAAUGGAAGCAUGUUGUUACCUUCAACUUUCCUAAUCCUGGUGCUGGGGGAAAGGUGGGAUACUGGCUUUAGUGUCAAUGGUAACAAUACUGCUUUCUGAAAUUAUUAAGAAAUAAAAUAGAAAGGAAACCCUAUGUGUAGAAGCACCUCUUUGAGAGAAGCUGAAGAGCCUUAAAGUGAUUUGUGAAUAAGAGCCAUUUAUUAAAUCCAGAUCUUUGAUUGCAACAACUGAUGCCUUCAUCAGGAAGGCCUCUCUCUGAAUCUCCCACCCCUCUUGAGCCUGCCAUUUUUCUUUUUGUUAUAAUGAGAAAAUUGCAGCAAACAAAAGAUAGAGCCUGUCAGGUGUCCGGCGCUUAGGCAACGGCUUUGGGAAGGGGGCUUCACUUGGGGUUUGACUUGAGGUACAGUGCCAAGGCCUCUCCAAAGUGCCAGGGAGAGAAAAUGAACAGGGAAGGAGUCUGGAGCCGUACCCACAGCCCCCAUGGUACAGCCUGGCCAUGGUACCCACAGGCCCCCCCUCAUUUUCACAGUUCUCCCUUUCUCCCUGGAGCUGGGGGGCGUGAACUGGUGCCACCAGCACCGCUGGACCAAAUGGCUGCCGCCACAUUCCCUUUGGAGCAAAGCUGCGCUGCUCCUGAUCAGUAGCAAAACCCCCAAGUUUUAUUUAUGAGCUGUGCUUUUUUUUACUUUGAACAAGUGCCUUAGAAGAAGUAUUUUUCCUCCAUCUGAUGAUCAGUGCUGUAUCAAACAGCAAGUGAGGCCUUCAUCCUUCCCUGCAAAACACUCUUCUUCACCACUUUCUGCCGGGUAGGGCCCAGUAGAACAAAUCUGGUCCUUCUGCUUUCAAGUGGUCUGGCUACAUUGUCUGGCAGCUGAUGCUUCUCUACUUACCACUGUGCUGUGGAAGAGGAGUCUUAGGAAAACAACUGAAUGGAGAAAAAGAAUUCAAAUGCUGGGUUCCAAACCAAUGUCUUAAUUUCCAAUUCAGCACAGGUGGAUCACCCCUAUUAGCUUGCACAUACGUAAAUGAGAAACCUUUCCAGCACACUGGGUUUCCUUUUUCAGGGGCUCCUUGCAAAUACUUGAUGUAUCUUGAUUUGUACAUUUCACCUGGCAAAUAGUUGGGGUUGGGGAGGGAAUUUUUUUCUUCACUAACUGCAGAGCGACAAAGGUGUGAUGUGCUGUGAAACUCAGUUGGCCCAGCCCCUGCAAACACACUAUGCAGGAGGCCAGGUGUUUGGGGAGAGGAGCAACAUCUGGAGAGGAGAUGAGCAUGGACACAUGAGCAGUGCCACAGCUGCUCCUCAGUACUCUGGGAAUAGGAACAUUUGUCUAGUGUUUCACGAAGAGCUCCCUCAGACAAUAAGUUUUUAGGAAAAAAAGAAAAGACUUCUCUGCUGUAAGAAAGACGCGCGUGUACUGGGGGAGCAGAUACCAGCAGCUGCGUCAUCAGAACAUCCGUCGUUCGUACACACACGCAGAGACGCGCACACACAAAGGCCUUGGGUUUUUUAAUUCACACUGUGCACCCGACAGAAACAGCAGUAAAUGUAUCUCUGAUUCUCCUUUUGAAUCACCUUAUUUCUUUCGGCAUUCUUCGCAGACAAAUUCCACAGGGGUGUUAUUUUACUGUACAAAAGAAACAGAGGCAGUGAGAGGAAAUGUACCAGACCAUUUCAAAGCUGGAUUGCUGCUGCUCAAUGAUUUUAUCCCCUUCACAUCACAGGAGAGGGGAAGGAUGAAUGGAAAAGGACCAUACACUAGAAAAGCCAACUUAGGCAAACAAUAGGUGAAAAUAUAUAAUUAAAAAGGUGAUGUUAUGGUGUCUAGUAGGCGUACAGAGAGAAGAGUUCAUAUAUACAUAUAUUCAGAAAUAGUGUGUUUGCACACGCACGUGAAUUCUCUGUAUGUAUCGUGUAUGUGACUUAUUCUGUGGGACUGACUCGUGUUAAUGUAUCUCUUGAUCUGGGGCAGGAGAGUACUGCUGAUCUUGGCACUAACGUGGCACGGGCCCAGUGAAGCGCCCACCCUGCGUGUCCCACCUGCCCCUUGCAGAUGGGGCAGGGCCCACGUGUGCGCUUGCCAGGUGGGAGAAGGCCGAAAAUGCUGCACAGCCAAUACCUCACUUACCUCUGCCGGGUGCUUUACUGUUCUACGGAAAACUGUGUUUGAUUGUAAUUUUAACAGGGAGGGCGGGGGAAAGUCAUCAGUGCAUUCAAUUCAUUGCAUCCGCCUCUGCAAAUAGAUUAGAUUUGCUGAUCACAAUUCCCUCUGUGAAAUUCGGAAAAAGAAAAAAAAGGUGUUAAGGCCUUUGCUUAAACGGGCUGUUGCCUCCACACCCUUCCUAUGGCGAGGACAUGUUGCUAAUGGGCUGUAGCGCUGGGUGACUUCAUUUUGUGGGAAGGUGCCGGAGGUGAGCAUGGGAAUUAAACCAUUAAGAAAUUAUAUGCAGAAAUGGAACUUCUCCAAGGUUUGCAGUUCAAGGUAUUUGAUCGUUCACUGGCUGAGCCAGGACUUACGGACUUAAAAGAGCUUUUACUGUGAUUCUUCGGUGUAAAAAACAAAACAAAACAAAAAAAACUGUGUUUAUAUGAUUUGUAUAAAAACCUUUUAAAAUUACUAUUUAAUAAACAUUAUGGUAGAGA